GUUUUGUUUCCUUCGCAACAAAUGUCAGCUUUUCUCAGCUAGCUUACUUCGACACUAGCUCGCUUUCAGGUCCCGGCGGCACUUCCACACCGACCAACUCUCAACCCUAACUGCCGUCACCUCCCACAGUUGCCCCAACUCCGAUCGCUGUUCCACCAUCGGUGUCGUUGUCUUCCGCCGCCGUUGGUCCGCCGCCGAACUUCCUAAGGAUACAAAUGGCUUAUAGACGAUGCCUAUUGAAAAGAGGGAACCUUGUAGACUGGAAGUGUCACCCGUCUUUCAGUUAUGUACUCUACAGCGAUGAUGGGAAACACAAGCAGCGCCCAGAAGAAAAAUCAUCCUCUGCAGCAAUCAGUACUUUUGUCCAAACAAGGUCCAUCGGGAGCUCCCUUAAUGGGUCUAUGGGGUUUGGUGCCUCUUCUAGAGCGCUUUCCAACACAUUCCUUUCCCCGUGCUCUGGAUAUAAUUUCUGCCGAUAUAUGUCGACUGUGAAUGAUGGAUCAGAUAAGAUUGAGAUGAUGUCCGACAUUGCAGAUGUACUUACUGACAAGGCCGUUGAGACCAUAGCUUCUCAGGCUCCUGUUUUUAACGAGGUUGCCAUUGCUGCUGCUGAUUCGUAUUUGCCUGUGAAGUUGCUGCAGUAUGGGAUCGAUGCUGUGCAUACUUAUACCGGGUUAAACUGGUGGGCAGCCAUUGCUUUGUUGCUGAGGCCGCACAUGGAAGCGAUACGGGCUGAGAUGGAAUAUAAGGCUAUGGAUCCCGUUGCUGCAGCUGAAAAUCAAAAGAAGAUGAAGCAGCUGUUUAAGGAAUAUGGUGUGAAUCCGUUUACACCUUUGAUGGGACUCUUUGUUCAAGCACCUAUCUUUAUUAGCUUUUUUCUUGCGAUAUCAAACAUGGCUGAAAAGGUGCCAUCAUUUAAGCAUGGUGGAACCUACUGGUUUACUGAUCUCACUACUCCAGAUGCUUUAUAUGUUCUUCCUGUUUUGACUGCAUUGUCGUUCUUAAUAACAGUUGAGUGUAAUAUGCAAGAAGGCUUGGAAGGAAAUCCUGUGGCUGGUACCAUGAAAAAUGUCUCUAGGGGUCUUGCUGUUCUUACAGUUCCCUUCACCAUGGGGUUCCCAAAGGCCAUAUUUUGUUACUGGGUCACGUCAAAUUUGUUUUCACUUGUGUAUGGACUUGUGCUUAAAGUUCCUGGCAUAAAGAAAACUUUAGGUAUUCCUGAAAUAGUUGCUGCAAAACCUACCACUGCUGCAGAACCACAAUCUCCCUUUAAUGUAUUUCCAGCACUAAAAAAAUCCACAGCAGAAGCAACUGAGCCAAGCUCAUCACCAGUUGAACCAUCAAAACAUUCAAACAAAAAGAUUUCUUCUUCUGCUGUUCUCAGCCAAAGGCUCAAAAGUUUAGAGAAACAAGUGAAAGGAAGAAAGAAAAACCUCAAGAGGUGAGCCAAUACACGUGUUACUUAAUUCGGCUCAAAUUGAUGCCGUAAAUGUGCCGAGAUUUAUUUAUAUUUGGUUAUCAUUAUAUGAUAUAGAAUUAGUAAUUUAUUCAACUUAGAGAGGGCAGAGGGAUAUAUUUUUUUGUGGCUAAUAAAUUUUGCUGAGGAGGUUCAAACUUUUGUUUAACGUGUAAUCUUACCUUAGAUUCGAGUGUAAUCUUUGAUUAUCUUAUUUAAAACUCGGUCUUCACAAAAGGGAGACUUAACAAGGAUC